AUGAGAUCUAUAUGGACAAGGGUUUGUGGUUACGAUUACGAGGAAGCAACGAGGGCAGAUCAAGUGCAACCGCAAUGCCCGGAGUCUGGAGAGACUGGCGGAGGAGAGGCAAUCCCCGCACCACAGCCUCCGGUCACUGAAGAAGUUAAUAAACCUGCUGUCGAGGCGAACGUCCAACCAGACAGUAAACCAGAGGAAAUAAAGGAGGUACAACAGGAUGUAGUACAAAGCAAGCCAGUCGAACAAACUGUUGAAACUACUGACGCCAAAGAAGUUCCCAAUAAUGCAAAAGAAAAUCUUGACUGGCAGCAAAGAGAACAGGAGCUCCUCAAGAAGAUUGAAGAGUUGGAGAAGAUUAAGAGUGAGAGGACCGAGGAUGGAAUGAAACUAGAACUCAAGGUUCGCGAAGAAGAGAUUGAUCUCCUAAAAGCAAGAGUUCGGAAUUUGGAGACGGAACUACAAGCAGCUCUGUCAAAACCCAGCGGCAAGAAUCAUGAGAUGAUUGAAAACAUCAAACAACAGCAUGAAGAGUUGCUCAACAAAGCUCGCGGUAUGAUCUUCGAUAAGACAAAGAUGGUGAAGAAUCAGGAACUACAGAUUGAGGCUUUAACAACACAAGUACAAUCUCUCAAGGACAUCAACGUGAUCACCAAGGACUUGUUGGAAAUAAGAAACUCUGAAGUAAAAGCUAUGGAGGAUCGUCUUCAAGCAAUGGAGGCGAGGUUUAAAGCGGAGAAGGACAGGUACGGGCUGGUGUUACAGCGCGCACAGACCAGCACCACUCUCAAUGACGACUUGAAGAAGGAGUACGAAACACAGCUCGCUAUUUUCAAGGAACUAAGAGAGAAAUAUGAACAGAGGGUGCAAGCUCUGGUAGCCGAAAAUGCCAGGUUGAAGGAGGUGGCUGCCUUAAAGGCCGGUACAUCGGGCUAA